CCCUCCCUCUCCUUCCACUCUUUCAUCGCCUCCUCUUCGUUUUUCUCAGUCCAACCUAAUCUCCUAUUCUAUCAGUACAGAGAGCUAAGGAGCCAUGUCUCUGAGGCCGAGCGCUAGGACCGAUGUCCGCCGGAACCGGUACAAGGUGGCCGUGGACGCUGAGGAAGGUCGUCGUCGGAGGGAGGACACCAUGGUCGAGAUUCGAAAGAACCGAAGAGAAGAGAGUUUGCAGAAGAAGCGUCGAGAAGGACUCGCUACCCAGCAAAUUCCUUCCUCUCUCACCACCACUCCCACCUCCGAAAAUGAGCAGUUAGAAACUCUACAAGCAAUGGUUACUGGCGUUUGGUCAGAGGACAAGAACUUGCAGCUUGAGGCAACCACUCAUUUUCGAAAGCUGCUGUCAAUUGAACGCAGUCCACCAAUUAACGAAGUUAUUCAAUCUGGUGUUGUUCCCCGCUUUGUUGAGUUCCUUGGGAGAGAUGAGUUCUCACAGCUUCAGUUUGAGGCAGCUUGGGCCCUCACAAACAUUGCUUCCGGUACUUCAGAAAACACCAGGGUUGUAAUUGAUCAUGGAGCCAUCCCAAUAUUCAUCAAACUUCUAGGAUCCCCGAGUGAUGAUGUUCGCGAACAGGCUGUUUGGGCGUUAGGAAAUGUGGCUGGUGACUCACCUAAAUGCCGUGAUCUUGUCCUUAGUCAUGGCGUCUUAAUGCCCUUGUUGGCACAGUUUAAUGAUCUUGCAAAACUUUCUAUGUUGAGAAAUGCGACGUGGACGUUAUCAAACUUCUGUCGGGGCAAGCCACCUCCUUCAUUUGACCAGACAAAGCCUGCUAUCCCAGCUCUAGAACGUCUUAUACAUUCAAAUGAUGAAGAAGUCCUCACUGAUGCGUGCUGGGCACUGUCGUAUCUUUCAGAUGGUACCAAUGAUAAAAUCCAAGCAGUUAUUGACGCAGGUGUCUGCCCCCGACUCAUUGAACUACUACUUCAUCCCUCUCCAACGGUCCUCAUUCCUGCCCUUCGCACAGUUGGAAAUAUUGUCACUGGAGAUGAUAUGCAAACUCAGUGUAUAAUAAAUCAUCAAGCUCUUCCUCGCCUUCUGAACCUGUUGACGCAAAAUUAUAAGAAGAGCAUCAAGAAGGAAGCUUGCUGGACCAUCUCAAACAUCACAGCUGGAAACAUAAAUCAGAUACAGGCUGUAAUCGAGGCUGGUAUCAUUGGCCCCCUACUCCAACUACUUCAGAAUGCAGAGUUUGAGAUCAAGAAAGAAGCUGCUUGGGCACUUUCAAAUGCUACAUCUGGUGGCACCCAUGAUCAAAUCAAGUACUUCGUGAGCCAGGGGUGCAUUAAGCCAUUGUGUGAUCUCCUGAUUUGUCCAGACCCAAGGAUUGUCACAGUUUGCUUGGAAGCACUUGAGAACAUUCUAAAGGUUGGGGAAGCAGAGAAUAAUGUGAACAACACAGACGGAAACUUUUAUGCUCAAUUGAUUGAUGACGCUGAUGGGUUAGAUAAGAUUGAAAACCUGCAGACUCAUGACAAUAAUGAAAUAUAUGAGAAGGCAGUAAAGAUUCUUGAGACAUAUUGGACUGGGGACGAAGAUGAGCCUUUGCCCCCAGGUGAUGCUGCCCAAUCUGGCUUCGGGUUUGGAGUGAAUGAACUUUCUGUUCCUUCUGGCGGAUUUAACUUCUCUUGAAGGGCUGGCUUGGCGUUGAAUGGAUCCUGCAAUCAUGGUACGUGACAUCAAAUAUUUUUGGGUGUUGGGUGGUGACACUUGCCCGUGGACCAAUCGCCUAUUGAUGCCGUGGUUCAGACUAAGAUAUGCGUGAACCCUGAGAAUUCAAGCAAUCGAGGAAACCUACCAACCAAUAUAGCAUUCCCUUUCUUAAUCAGAGAAAUAUCAGAAUGAAAACAAAGCUAUUUAUUUCUUUAUUAUUACCUUUUUUUACUUCUUUUUCAGGCCCUAUUUUGAUGCUAAUGGGUUUUUGUUUCUUUUCAUUCUAGGAAGAAAGAUUUCUUCGUGGAAAGGUUUCUUUUUUUUUUUUCUCGCAUGAGCGAACUUUUUUGUUCGUUGCAUUACUUGCAGAAGCUAAACUUCAUGUUUUGUUAUGUCAUUUACUUAAAAACUUUAAUUACCUUAGGAUAUUUAAUGUCACAAAUGUCUUUACGUUUUUAUUCUCCA